UGGUUGGGGAAAAAGCUCUUCGAUGUGAAACCAAUGGUAAAUGGAACGCCUCAGAGCCAAAGUGUAAAGUCGAAGCUUCAUGGUCGAGGUGGGGAAGAUGGACUGAUUGCUCAGUUUCGUGUGAUAAUGGAAUUCAAACACGCCAAAGAACGUGCAUUGGGACAAAUUCCGUUCUGGGUGAUAACACUCUAUGCGGUGAAAAGUCUUUGGAAUCUCGGGCAUGCGCAAACUGGAAAUGUCCAGAUUGUAAUAAAAUCUGCACAACUGGGAAGCUGGAUAUGCGAUAUUUGUGACGAUAACACACUAAGUGGAGUGGUCAAAGACAACACCGGUAUUCUCUUGGAGAAUGCAACCAUUGCUCUUGCCGAGUUUCCGUUUAAAAUAUUAGGAAAAAGACGGUGUUUCUGGGAAAUUCGUAUUGAAAGGAUUCUGUAUUUCAGAGGACAACAUCAUCACUUCCCAGAAAUAACAUCUCACCCUGAAAGUAAACUACGGCUAGAAGGUCAACCUAUCACAUUAUGUUGUGAAGGAAAAUCAAGUACAAAGGCAAAAUUCGAAUGGACGAUUAAUGAUCGUGGAGCAGAUGAAUACCAACAUGAUGAAAUACAAAGCAGUAAAUUGAUUAUACCUCAUGUUUUUAAAAACAUGAGUGGGGAAAUAAAAUGUAGAGUUUACGAUGAUCACGGAGCAGAAUUUUCAGAUCCUGCCAGGAUAACCGUUUUUAAUACCACCGAUGAUAGCUGCGAUCCAACACCAUCUCAACACAUAAUUGCACUGCCGCAGGGCUGCACGGCAGGAGAAACAAAUUCUGCUACUAUUGACGUAGGUGAAUGUGCGAGAACAAAAUGCAUCGCACGAGGUCUAAAAAAUAUGAACGAUUGUAGAGAUAAAUUCUGUUGCCAGCCAAUUGCUACAAGGAACAUCAAGGUCGUUUGUUUGCAGCAUUCGUUUGACAUAAAAAGUGUAACAAAAUGUGGUUGCGGCGAUUGCCCUGUGAAACAAACUGUUGUUAAAGGAGUAGCAAGAGGAGGUCCAGACAAUAAACCUUUUAAAUAUGGAUAUAUUUAUCACGGUGAUAAAUAUUUGGCUCGUACUGGAAGGAAGGGUGAUUUCUCAUUUAAAGUUCCUGGUGAUUUUUCUCGCUUUGUUGUAACGUUUAAGGAUAAACGUAAUUAUAACAAUUUUCAGGAAUUAACAAAAGUGAUUCCGUUGGUCACUGGCCGUAAAACGUAUAUAGAAGUCCGACUGAAGCCUCGGCCUGAACCUAUUAAAGUUGAUGCGAAGAUGGGCUUUGAGAUUUCCCUGGGAAACUCGCAAAAUACCCGUGGAUUAAAUAGGUCAAACGAGGAAAAUGUAGUUGAUAAUGACGACGCACAAUUAGAACCUGCUGUAGCAUUUGCUGUCCCUCCCCAAGGCUUGUUGACAGAAGAUGGGGAAAUUUAUAACGGGACGGUCAAGGUUGAAGUCAAUUUUGUUGAUCCGAGAAACGUUACAGAAGUGGAAGAAGCCGAUGGAGACUUCACCACGGUAGACGAAGAUGGCGAGGAACAACUACUGGAGACUUUUGGUGUGAUAAAAAUGGAUUUUAAAGAUGAAAACGAUAAGAGUUUGCAACCUACAGGGGACAUUGACAUUUCACUUGAUAUUGAUAAAUAUAAUAUUACUGAGAAUGAAGUAGAAAAUAUAAAGCUUUGGUACUUAGAAGAGAAGACUGGAAGAUGGCGCAUUUUGGACACAAGUUGGAAGAAGCAUCAAACGAAGCGAUCGAAGAGAUCAGAUAAACAUAUAUCACUAUUUACUACCAAACUUAAUGCGAGAGAAUUUAUUCGGUUUGAUCUAAACUUAGAUAAGGUGGGCGGAGAGAUUUAUUUGAAAGUUAUGGCAGAAGACACCACAAAGAAAGCAGAGUCAGUGCUUAUUACAGUAUUUGUCACGCAAAGUAGAGUGAAUUAUAGAUAUCAAUCGUAUAACAUCGAACCGAAUAAAGCACGUUGUAUAAAAACAUUUCGGACAGAUGAAUUUGCGGAAAUACGGGCUGUCGUUGGUGAUCAAUAUCCACUAACGCCAAAGGAAACAGGUUUGGAUGAGGAUGUUAUAAAGAAAUCACAUAGAAAUAACCUCAGAAGGAUCGCAUCGAUUUUUCACAAUGCAAACGUUAAAUAG